AUCUUAAUUACUAUACUAUCAUAUAAGUGUAUAAGUGCUUGCACAAAAUGCCAUGCUAAAUUGCUAAAACUAAGAUUAUAUUAAAGAAGACUAAAGGAGGAAGGAGGGACUCUUUAUUUACUGCAUGCAACAGUGUGUGUGUGUGUGUGUGUAUAGUAUAGUAAAUAUUAAUUAGAUUAAUUAGUGUAAAGUGUAGAGAUUGAAAGAGUAUGAGCAUAAAGGAUAAAUUUUGUAGCUGCAUAUAGGCCCAUCGAAAAAAUUUUAUUUGUAUUGCAAAAUAUUUUAAACUCCAGAUAUGUUUUGAAAAUUUUCAACAACUAAGUAUCGGAAGGAACUAUACAGUACAUUCACUGAUAUCAUACAGACUUUAUUGAUAUUAAAAUUUGUUUUUUUGGAGUUGUUUACCACUUAUAACAUGUCAUUGUAUGAGCUCUAUCAAGAUUUAAGGUUUGUCGUAACAUUAGUAGUAAUUAUGGUAAUAGGUUUGAAGUGGUAAAAUGGUUCGAGAAGAUAGUAUCGUAUGAUUUUCUUGUCGUAUGAUUAUUGUAGUUAUUAAUGUUAAACGACUAAUGGCUAUAAAAGUAGUUGAGCGUUUUCAUCACAAACAACCAUUCAGCUGAAGAUGUAUUCUAUUCUACUGGUUCUUUGUAUUACCUCUUAUUCAUCAUCUGCCAGUAAUACACUUGAUGGUACUUGUGUUAAUCCUACUACUUUGUCUUUCAUUGAGAAUUCACUGACUAAUAUCAGUGAUCAGCUUAAAGGAUCAUCCUGUUCAUCAGAUGGCGCUACUACUGAAGGACUAACUGGUCUCCUUCAAUUAGCAUUAGUAAAGGAACUAGCAAAAGAUUAUAAGGAUAAGUCAUGUGAUAAAGAAGAAAGGAAUCUAUUGAAUCGCAUCAAUGCAUCUAUUGCUAACAAAAUAGAACCUCAAUUAGCUUCACUGCAAUCACAAGUGUCUUCUCUCUCAUCUGAUCUUAACAAGUUGUCUCGAUUGUUAGCAAAACAUGUUAAUGUGACUUUAGAUGAUGAAGAAGAGGCUCCUUCAUCUCCUCUCCUCUCCUCAUGUGAUGCUAUCCUCAGUAAGUGGCCUAACAGUCCUUCAGGUUAUUAUAAUAUAACUGAUGUUAAUGGACAUACUCAUGAUGUAUAUUGUCACAUGGAGACUCUGUGUGGUAAAGGAGGGGGCUGGAGAAGAAUAGCUAGUCUGAAUAUGACUGAUCCUAAUGAGAAAUGUCCUACUCAGUUUAGAUUUUAUUCACAAGAUGGUGUUCGUGCUUGUGGUAGACCAGUCACUAAUAGUGGUAGCUAUGUUGGUAUAACAUUUCCAUCAAGAGAUAUAAAGUAUUCACAAGUAUGUGGUAAAGUGAUUGGAUAUCAAUUUAAAUUCACUGAUGGAUCUUAUAGACAUCAAACUGGAGGUAAUAUAAACUCACCAUACACUGAUGGUAUUAGUCUAACUUAUGGUAGUCCAAGGAAACAUAUCUGGACACUUAUGAGUGGUGCUACUGGCAAUGGAUCUUAUAGUCGUUGUCCUUGUGGUACUCCUAAGCCUCAGUCUGCCCAGGAGUCUUGGUCUGCCCCAUCAUUUGUUGGUUCACACUAUUACUGUGAAGCAGGAUAUGAAGGAUCACUGACACCUUGGGAUCCUAAAAUAUAUACAUCUGAUCCAUUAUGGGAUGGUAAAGGUUGUGGUAGCAGUGAGACCAAUUGUUGUCAGCGUACUCUUAUUCCUUGGUUCUAUAGAUCUUUUACUCACUCUACUACUGAUAAUAUUGAGAUGAGGAUAUGCUGUGAUGAAGGAACAAGUGAUGAAGAUGUUCCUGUUGGAGAAUAUGAAAUUUAUAUUAAGUGAUAUUUGCAAUCAACUGUUUCCUAUUUUGAUAAGUUGUUUCUUUUUGGCCUCACCAGCAAUUAGUGUAGGCGAGGACUAUGUAGUUAAGUGUGUUGUCUUUCUGCUAUUGUUUUUGUCUUUUGUUAAAUAAAAAAAUAAAGACCACUAUGAUCUAAUAAUCAUAUAGGUGCUUGCAAGAGGAGGGAUUCAUUAUUGAUUGCAUGCAGCAGUUUGUGUGCAAGUGUAGUAUAGUCAAUAUUAAUUAUAUCAAUCAGUGUAGGCUGAGU